CUUCAUUUAUUAUUUGCGUUUUGCGAAAGCAGCCGACGGUCACGGUGAUAACUAAAGAAGCGAACCAAAAGCAUUCGAUUUCAAGCGAGUAUGCCUCCUAAAGUGAAUCAUCGAGACGUUUCCCCCUUGCUGCGAGCUAUUCGACAGUUUUUAUUAGGGCGUGAACAUACAAAUGCACUGCGUCAGCCAGAAGCCAUGUCCUGUAGGACACAGCCACCACCAAACCUCCCACAUGGGGUAAGUUAUGGCCUGUCAGCAAAUUAUUACUACAUGCGUGAUGGUCGUCGUGCAGUGAUUCCAGAUCAGACUCUGGCCGUAAACAGUUCAUCUGGACCCACACAACUUCUUUCAAGUGGAGAAGAAGAGGCAGGAGCUGUGACAGUUGCUGUGAAGAAACCAAAAACUCCUGGUACUAAUUAUGACUAUGGUAGUGGAUUGUAAACUGGUAGUGUAUGUAGGAGCCUUUAGACAUUUCACCAUGUUCUGUACAGGUUUGAUUGUAUAGUAAAUUAUUUUGUAAA